UGGGAGGUGCUACCAACGAGACGCGCGGGGCAGAGCGUCCCCCUCCCCCCGCCGCCACCAUCGAGGAGCCCGAGCGGCGGCGGCGGCGGCCGGAGGGGCCGGGACGGGCGGCGAUGACGUCAGCGAGCACCAAAGUUGGGGAGAUUUUCUCGGCUGCCGGCGCCGCCUUCACUCGGCUGGGGGAGCUGACGAUGCAGCUGCACCCCGGCACCGACACCUCCCCCGCGGGGUCCCGCUGGACGGAGCCGGAGCUGUCCCUGCUCCGGGGGGCCGUGGCCCGUUUUGGGGAGGACCUGAACCGCCUCAGCGCCCUCAUCAAGGACCGCACCGUGGCGCAGCUGAAGGCGGCGGCCAAGCGCAAGGCCUAUGAGGACAGCGGGGUCCCCCUGCCCCCCCCCGGCCACGACUCCCCAAAAAAGGGGCCCAGGAAAGGGGGGGGGGCCACGGGACCCCCCCAGAGCUCAGGGGGGGCCCCCCACGACCCCCCUGGGCCCCCCAGCAAGAAGCAGAAGGUGGCAGAGCCCCCCCCAGGUGACCCCGACCCCCCCGGGGACCUCGUGGACGUCGAAGGAUUUGGGGACCCCCCUGCCAAGAAGCUCAACUUUGACCAGGCUUGAAGGUCAAAGCUCCCCCUGAAGAGACCCCCCCUGGAACCCC